CCCCUCCCUGCCUCUGCCUGGCGACCAGUGGCCAACACAACUUGGCACGCUCGAGCUCACCAAAUUACAUUUUAUUCAAAUAGAAUAAAUAAAAACAGGAGAGGGAGAGGAGGAAAGACGCCCUCGUGGAGAGCGGGGCGAUGGCCGCCAUCUACGGGAAGAUCUUCGUGGGCAUCUACGUGGAAAUAAAGCGGAGCGACGGUCGUAUCCACCAGGCGAUGGUCACGUCGCUGCACGAGGACAACGACAGCGUGACGGUGGAGUGGAUCGAGAAUGGCGACACCAAAGGGAAAGAGAUCGACCUGGAGAGCGUCUUUGCGCUGAACCCGGAUCUUGCCCCUGAGGAAGACGUGCCCCCGAGUCCAGAAACUCCUCUUCCUCCUUCCAACAUCGCCAAGCCCAGCAAAGUGCCCAAGACCCGACGAACUACGGCGAUACCCAAACCUGAAAACGCCCCGCGAGAAAACAGAGCUGCGGCAGUGGGAACCACCCGAGCCCGUCCGAGCCAGCACAGCCAGCCUGUUGAGCCCCCUCCUCCGUCCAUCACCACCCAGCCCACAGCAGCAACAGCAGCAGCCAACCAAUCGCUGCUCCAGCAGCAGAAUGCGCGAAGGAAGUCUAACUGCGUGAAGGAAGUGGAGAAGCUGCAGGAGAAGCGAGAGAAGCGGCGACUCCAGCAGCAGGAACUCCGAGAAAAACGAGCCCAGGAAGUCGACGUGAACUUGCCAAACUACGAGAUCAUGUGCAUGAUCCGAGACUUCCGGGCCAGUCUGGACUACCGACCCUUGACCUCCAAUGACCUGAUUGAGGAACAUCGGAUAUGCGUGUGCGUGCGUGCCAGGCCCCUCAAUAAAAAAGAACUGUCCGUCAAAGAUCUGGACGUGAUCACCAUUCCCAGCAAGGACGUGGUGAUGGUCCACGAGCCCAAACAGAAGGUGGACCUGACGCGCUACCUGGAGAACCAAACCUUCCGCUUUGACUACGCCUUUGACGAGAACUCCACCAACGAGAUGGUCUACAGGUUCACCGCUCAGCCGCUGGUGGAGACCAUAUUUGAGCGGGGAAUGGCCACCUGCUUCGCAUACGGACAAACAGGAAGUGGGAAAACACACACCAUGGGAGGCGACUUCUCCGGGAAGAACCAGGACUGCUCCAAGGGCAUCUACGCACUUUCUGCCAGAGACGUCUUUCUCAUGUUGAAGAAGCCAAUCUACAAGAAGCUGGACCUCCAAGUCUUUUCCACCUUUUUUGAGAUCUACAGCGGGAAGGUGUUUGACCUGCUGAACCGCAAAGCCAAGUUGCGUGUGCUGGAGGACGGCAAGCAGCAGGUGCAGGUGGUGGGGCUGCAGGAGCGGGAGGUGAAAGGCACCGAAGAUGUCCUCAAGCUCAUCGAAGUGGGAAACAGCUGCAGGACGUCCGGCCAAACCUCGGCCAACGCCCACUCCUCGCGCAGCCACGCCGUCUUCCAGAUCAUCCUGCGGCGGCGGGGCAAGAUGCACGGCAAGUUCUCCCUCAUCGAUCUGGCGGGCAACGAGCGGGGCGCCGACACGUCCAGCGCCGACCGCCAGACGCGCCUGGAAGGAGCCGAGAUCAACAAGAGCCUGCUGGCCCUCAAGGAGUGUAUCCGAGCUCUGGGUCGGAACAAACCGCACACUCCCUUCCGGGCCAGCAAGUUGACUCAGGUGCUGAGGGAUUCCUUCAUUGGCGAGAACUCUCGGACCAGCAUGAUCGCCACCAUCUCUCCCGGAAUGGCGUCCUGUGAAAACACCUUGAACACGCUUCGUUAUGCCAACAGGGUGAAGGAGUUCGGCAUCAGUCCCUCGGAUAUUCCCUUUUCGCAGAGCGCUCGCUCCGACCUUUCUCCCACUUACGAGUAUGACCUCGCGUCUCAACUCGUCCUGUCCUGUCCAAUCAGCGGAGAGGCCGAUUUACCAUCCCUGUUCUGUCCGAUCAGAGUGAAGGAGCUGUCGGUGGAGCCAGAGACCGUCACGGACCCUCUGACGGCUGAACAAGUCAACCAGCUGGAAGUCCUGGAGGCCCAGUGGGGCGUGGGAAGCUCCCCGCAAAGAGAUGACCUCAAGCUGCUCUGCGAACAGAACGAGGAGGAGGUCUCUCCACAGCUUUUCACCUUCCACGAGGCAGUCUCGCAGCUGGUGGAGAUGGAAGAGCAGGUUCUGGAGGAUCAUAGAGCAGUCUUCCAGGAGUCCAUACGCUGCCUGGAGGACGAGAAGGUGUUGCUGGAGAUGACGGAGGAGGUGGACUACGACGUGGAGUCGUACGCAACGCAGCUGGAGCAAAUCCUGGAGCAGAAGAUUGACAUCCUCACCGAGUUGAGAGAUAAAGUCAAGUCUUUCCGCUGUGCGCUGCAGGAGGAGGAACAAGCUAGCCAACAAAUCACCCCCAAGAGGCCUCGUGCACUUUAGACACACGCACACACGUUGAAAGAUCCAAAAGAUAGGCAGCAGCUUGUCGUCACCGUUGUACACAUUACCGUCGUCGUCACUCUUCCGUGUUGCAGUCAUUUAUACCGGUUGCUACAUUUUAAAGAAAUAUUUUAACUUAUUUUUUCCCAGCCAAUGAGGCUUUGACCGUCGGCGACUACUCAACGUUUGAGGUUGAUUAAUAAAGUUUUCUGUGUAUAUAAAUUGAGCGUGCGGAUCAAACCCGAGUGUCCUGAGCAGCAGAUGAAGUCUUAUACCGUUCAGCCAUUUAAGUGUGGAGAUUACCCUCCAAAAAUGUAGGUAUUCAUUUGAUAACACCUGAAACCGAAGGCUCAUUCAGAUUACAAAUAAAUCAUUUCCAUGCAGUCCUCCAAGCAGUUGCAUGAAGAAAAAUAAAAUAAAAAAUGGAGUAGCUGGUUGACCCCCCCACCCCCAACAUUGUGCAAUGCCGUAACUUCAUAAAGUCACCAAAGAGGAGUUUGUCAAAUUGGUUUGAGACUGACUCACACCUGACAAAAAUUUAAGUGUAGUUUGUUACUUUACUUUAUUGGUGAUCAUGAAUAAAGUGCUCAAAUAAUA